AUGCCAGCUCUGUCUACUGCCGCAGGAUUACAUGAGGUGCUAGCUCUUUUGACUGCACAGCUAAGGCCAGAUGCGAAUCUCACAGCAGAAAUUGGCUUCCUUACUGAAGUCUUCAGCGAAAAUAGUUUCAACUCACUUAUAAAGAUUCAUCAGAAACUUCAGCAGUACAUCCGGCAAAGUCCAUUGCCUGCCGUACACAGUGCAGCAGCUUUAGCCGAGAAGAUAAGAGAGGAGCUGCAAUGUGGACCAAACAACAGUGACAUCAGAGAAUUGAUACAUUUACUAGCCAAACCACACCUUCAGGCUGUACUCUCAGCACAUGAUACGAUUGCACACAAGGCCUUUGGUCCAGUUCUACCACCAAUGCCAGAUGAUCUGGAAGUUGAGGAUGAGGAGGAAUCGAUGAAGAUUGUCCAUCUUGUGAAAAACAAAGAACCAUUGGGGGCGACAAUUAGGAAGAAUGAGCAAACAGGUGCGAUUGUUGUGGCUCGGAUCAUGCGAGGAGGAGCAGCAGACCGUAGUGGGUUAGUGCACGUUGGAGAUGAACUAAGAGAAGUUAAUGACAUUCCAGUUGAGCACAAGACACCAGAAGAAAUCAGUCAAAUACUGGCCCAUUGUCAGGGUUCAAUAACCCUGAAGUUAAUCCCAGCAGUCAAAGAAGAGGAUCCGCUGAAUGAAAGUAGGGUGCACGUGAAAGCCUUAUUUGAUUAUGACCCAAGUGAGGAUAAAGCAAUUCCCUGUAAAGAGGCAGGGUUACCUUUCAGGAAAGGAGACAUUCUUCAAGUUGUGAGCCAGGAUGACUCUGUGUGGUGGCAAGCAAAGCGUAUGGGAGAUGCAAAUCUCCGGGCUGGUCUUAUUCCAUCAAAAAGAUUUCAAGAGAAACGGCUUGCCUAUUGGCAAAAACAUGUCACCUUGGAACAAGAGAAAAGCAGCAAAAGAUCAUCAUAUGACCAAAGUUGUGAGAAAGAGGACUGUGAUUGUGAUGGGUAUUUGAAUGGGCUGUAUAUAGGUGAGAAUCGAGAUUCUGCUCAGUACUUUUCUCAAGGUCUUAAGUUCUCAUGGGUCUUUUAUACAGCUGGCUUACGGAGAAGCUUUCGGCUGAGCAGGAAAUGCCGACAGAAUAACCAAACUGAAAAACAGACCAAGCAGAAUGAGAGUGUGGAAUACCUAACCUACGAAGAAGUGGCCAUCUACCAGCGUCGCCCUAAUGAUACACACAGACUGGUGGUACUGGUUGGAUCUUUAGGAGCAAAAAUAAAUGAGAUGAGGCAAAGAAUAAUAGCAGAAAAUCCCAAUCGCUAUAAUGUGGCUGUCCCUUCAACAACAAGGCAAAAGAAAGCCCAUGAGAGGCAAGGCAUGGAGUACCAUUUUGUCAGCAAACCCUCAUUUGAAGCAGAUAUUCAGAAGAACAGAUUUGUUGAACAUGGGGAAUACAAGGACAAUCUGUAUGGAAUAAAUGUAGAUUCCAUCCGCACAGUAAUGUUAAAAAAGAAGAUUUGCUUAGUGGAUGCAAAUCCUCAAACAAUCAAACAUCUCAGAACAGCAGAAUUUAAACCAUAUGUGAUAUUUGUCAAGCCGUUUAUUCAAGAACCACGGGCCAACUCAACAGCAGCUGAAACAGCAGAGACUGAUGUCAUUAAGGAAUUAGGGGAAGAUGAUUACCAGGAAAUGACUCAGUCAGCAGCCCAUAUCGAAGAGAAGUAUGGUCAUCUCAUCGACAAAGUCUUGGUGAAAGGCGACCUUCAAACUGCAUGCAAUGAAUUAAAAGUUAUUCUGGAGAAUAUAGAAAGGGAACCGACUUGGGUCCCAGCUAGCUGGGUCCGUUCGUAG